AGAGACACACUCAGACUCAGGGUCAGGUAGGGUUUCUUGGAUUCCGCCGUGUGUAUAUCACAGGAGUAUCAUAUAUAUAUAUAUAUAUAUAUAAGCGCGCCACUCCAUUCCUCUCUUCUCAGUUGGCCGCUCCGACCCCGACUGCUCUGCUCUGCGCCGAACCCAAGCCGACGCAAAGCUUCUUUAUAAUUGACUUAACUGCUUCCGACGACGUUGGAAUGGCUCAACUACAUGCAAUCCUUCCCUCCUCUGCUCAUCUCCUCUUCCCUAGUUGUAGAACAGCACUAUCUUCCGACCAUUGUCACUGCCCCAAGACUUUUGGUUCACUACAAGAGCUUGGGUUGAAAGCUAGUGAGUUUCGCGGUCUUCCAAUUGUCCAAAGAAGUGCCAACUUUAGCCUGAGCCGUCGUUCCCAUGGUAUCCAAGCAGUUUUAGCUGGUGAUAAGGAAACGAUGGAAUCAUAUGGGGUAGAUGGAAAACCUUUGCGAAAGAAGUUGAACAAAGUAGUCCUGGCUUACAGUGGUGGUCUAGAUACGUCUGUAAUUGUACCUUGGCUCAGGGAGAAUUAUGGCUGUGAAGUUGUUUGCUUCACUGCAGAUGUUGGUCAGGGUGCGUUAGAACUGGAAGGUUUGGAAAAGAAAGCCAAGGCUAGUGGGGCAUGCCAACUGGUGGUGAAGGAUCUGAAGGAGGAAUUUGUGAAAGAUUUUAUCUUUCCUUGCUUGCGAGCUGGUGCUAUCUAUGAAAGAAAGUACUUGCUUGGGACAUCAAUGGCCCGACCUGUUAUUGCAAAGGCAAUGGUCGAUGCAGCUAAAGAGGUUGGAGCUGAUGCUGUAGCACAUGGAUGUACAGGGAAAGGAAACGACCAGGUUCGGUUUGAGCUCACUUUCUUUGCACUGAAUCCGGAACUCAGUGUGGUUGCUCCUUGGAGAGAGUGGGAAAUAAGGGGAAGAGAAGAUGCUAUUGAAUAUGCUAAAAAGCAUAACGUGCCUGUUCCAGUGACAAAGAAAUCUAUCUAUAGCAGAGAUCGGAACCUCUGGCAUCUGAGUCAUGAGGGUGACAUUUUGGAAGAUCCUGCAAAUGAACCCAACGAAGACAUGUACAUGAUGUCAGUUGACCCGAAGGAUGCACCUGAUGAACCUGAGUAUGUGAAAAUUGGGAUAGUUGCAGGAAUCCCUGUUUCUGUGAAUGGAAAGGAACUUUCUCCUGCAUCUCUUCUAGCUGAGUUAAAUGAAAUAGGAGGUAAACAUGGGAUUGGGAGGAUAGACAUGGUUGAAAAUCGACUAGUUGGGAUGAAGAGUCGCGGCGUGUACGAAACUCCUGGAGGGACAAUCUUGUUCAGCGCAGUGCGUGAACUCGAGUCUCUAACGCUGGAUCGUGAGACCAUCCAGACAAAGGAUUUUCUUGCACUAAAGUAUGCCGAACUGGUGUAUGCCGGGCGGUGGUUCGAUCCACUCCGGGAAUCGAUGGAUGCGUUCAUGAAGGAAGUGACAAAGAGCACAAGUGGAACAGUGAGGUUGAAGCUGUACAAAGGAUCAGUGAGUGUAGCAGGCAUGGAAAGUCCCAACAGUCUGUACAGACAAGACAUAUCUUCGUUCGAGAGUGGGGAUAUUUACAACCAAGCUGAUGCUGCUGGCUUUAUCCGCCUCUAUGGAUUGCCUACACGGGUGCGUGCCAUGCUUGAUUGAUUUUAUGUUUCAGAAUCUGUCUGUCUAUCUAAUUAUCUAUCCUGUCUGUGUGAUCAUCCAUGUCCGUUCUGGUUAUGGGACAAAUGAUUGCUUUUCUGUUCUGUUAUGGUUGUGUAGGUCAGGUUGUUCUGUUUCUCAUUCUGACUCUGCCUUAUGCUGCCUAAUUAAUAAUAAAAUAUUUAUUUUUUUAAA